GUACUCCGAGUUUAAACUAAAUAACGCCCUAUCGGGAAUCAACAAAGGCUUGUCAGCCUACAUGAAACGUAUUCAGUAGGAAAUGGCGUAUAUCCGCCAUUGCUGCUCAUUGCUUCUUCUUCCACCUAGGACACACACACACACACACACACACACACACUCUCACACAGGCAGCGAAUGACGUAGGGCUCCUGCUGCGAAAACAGCAGCAAGGUUCCUAUGGGCGUUUCGUGAACACAUUUCCACUUGAGUGAAAGUUGUUUUAACUGUACUUCCUGUGAGAAGAUGCCCUUCGAGGCACUAGUUUGGUAUUUGACAAGGCAAUACAUAUUCAUCCGCUUCUACAUGAGUGUCAAGAGCACGUCAGUACCCGGAUGGACUGUCAUGGCCGCCGUCGCUGUGGAUCUAUAGAGAGGAGAGAAGGAAGGCAAAUGUUUCUACUGUGUGCUUUUUGUGCCGUAGCCUCCUUUUCCACAAUGCCGGACGUUGACGGGGACGCCACCUGAACUUCCAUCGAGUUCAUAGCACAGAGGCCACGCUGCAAGCUCCCCUUCUUCAGAACCCGACAUGCAUUAAUGUCUGCGUUUGUCCUAAAGGAGUACAGAUAUCUGUAGAUUUACAACUAUGGAAGAAGACCUCACAAUACUUAAUGAUUCUGCCAAAAACUGCAGCAUAUCAGUAUUGGGGGAUGAAAAAGAAAAGGUAAAAGACUUUGUGUUUAAGCAUUUCAGAGAAGUCACAGAUGGGUCACUCAUCAAUAAUGCUGAAGAAUCUUCAAUUAAGGAGCAUGGGAGCUCUACCAAAAAGGAUAAACCAACUCUGAAUAAAGCCCAUUGUAAAAAUCAGCAGGGGGCUGUUUUCUCUGGAAAGAUUCUGAGUUUUGGAUGCUCCUUUUGUAAAGAUGAUCGUAGAUUCAGCCCCAAUGACCUCCUCAAACAUUUUCGGGCGACCCAUAAAGGAACCCUGCCUACAUACCCUUGUGAACUGUGUGGUUUUGUCACAAACGAGUUCCCUGCUCUUCAACGCCAUCGGAUUGAGCACAGGAAUACUCUGGUUACAUGCGAGCUCUGCAACAAUGAUGUUCAGUACUCUCUGCUUUUGCUUACCAGACACUACAUCAUGUGUCACAGUCUAAAUGGACAGUUUACCUGUGAGUGGUGCGACUUUACAACUGUGGACGCAGGUACAUUCGUCCAGCACAUCCAUCAUCAUAAUGAAAGUCCUUGGAAGUGUUCGAAAUGCAGACAUAUCGGCUUGAACGAAGAGGAUCACCAGAAGCACAUGAAAGCUCACUCGGGUACAUUCCCCCACACUUGUCAGAUCUGUGGAUAUGGUGCACUAAGAAGCGAGUACCUUAAGAAACACACCGCAGCUGUUCACAAAGAGGAGGCCGAGAGAAGGAAUGUAUUGAAGGCUAUAGACGACAGCGGCAGCCCAGCGAAUGCAUCUGCAUCUGCAUCCUUAAAACUUUUGCUAAAAAAGAGUGUUGAAUCACAGGAGGCUCAGAGGAUAUCAAAACUGAACUGUCUGUCCGGGAGUUUACCCAACCAAAAUGGCAGGCAAAUCAAACCAGAGAUAUCCGUGGAGGAGACCCACCACUUUGUGGAUUCAAGAAAGGAAAACAAAAAUUCAGGAAAAGGCUCUCAUAACACCGAGCUGACAAUGCCGGUAAUGUUACAGGAAUGUGACAACUCUGCAAGUUCGGAUGCUCACACCAAUCCUAAUAGUUUAACUGUUCUGAUGGUAAAGAACAAAAUCUCUCUUCCCCCCAACUGUACAACGAAAGUGAUGGGAUUCAAGAUGGUUGACGGCAAAAAGCAUUUAGUUCUCAAAGUAAUACCAACAACAAAGCAAGAUUCAUCCCCUCAAAACCAUUCCUUGAUUGAAGACGUGGGUUCCUCGGCACCAAAUUCUGUGUUGGAGAAAAGUAGAGUCCCCAAUGAGAAUGGGGAAUGCUCUAAUAGCAAGAACUCAACGUCUCAUUGUUUUGCACUUUCACCAAGAAGUGAAUCUUGCCUACAGAUGGAUCAAGGAGAUAUUAUGGCAGUAAAAGUUAAGAUUGAGGAGGAAGAAACCUCUGUUUGCAACCUUGAGUCCACCCCACCUAGAGAUGAUGUUGGAGAGCAAACUAAUCCUUUACUAGGUAGGUCUUCAACUUGUGCAGAUACAUUAUAUCCUAUGACAAAUGAGUUGGAUCACGACCAAAGUCAAACAACCUGUUCAGAGAGAAGUAAGUUUGCUAAUAACUCUGACGCAACCUGUUAUAGCGGUUCUCAAAAGAAUAAUACUUCAACAUUGUGUUCAACAAAAGUUGCUGAGGAAACAUUGCUUUCCAAACAAGUCUCCAAAGAAACUAUUGAAAACUGUGGGGCUGCAGAUGAGUUAUUGAUGACUGAUACUGACGCAGACAAAUUCAUUGCCCAACACAAAGGGAACUCUCCCUUUAAAAUUUUAGAAAAUGACGACGACCAAUCUUCCCAUAGUACCUCAGAAGAAACUGAUGGGGUUGGAAUGGAGGUCAAACAUAAAAACAGCAAGCAACAUUUUAAAAAGCUUUCAUCUAACCGAGCACCUCCAUCAGAGUCAUCCCCGCCCACCUCAGGUUGCCGCAGAGACGGUCACAUGGGUUGCACACAAAAUUCACCAAACCAAGAAGUAUUUAAUUUUCACAAUUAUUCCAAGGAAACAUCUGGCACAACCCAAAACUUUGACAAUACGUCCGAUCAUUCAGCAGACAGAGAAAGUAUUUGUGAAUCAUCGCAGUUUAGCUUGACAUUGGCAGAGUCUCCAGAGCUAUUCACAGAAAGUGGCAAUGAAGACUCGACUCAAGAAAAGGUUUCCGAGAGUGACAUUGAGGUUGAUGAGCACAUAGCUAGUGUUGACGAUCCUGCCACUGAGGACGAAAAUCCAGAGUCAGUGCUCCAAGACUUUAAUAUUAUCAAAAUUGAGGAGGAUAGCAUUCCUAUAUCUAACAAACAGUCCGAAACGAUGAGUAGUUCAAAUUGCUGUGGCAGUUUUGUGGAGGAACAUUCAGAAGCAAUCAUUACCCAACAACUUCAUAAGGAAAGAGUUGGAUCUUCAAGUGCAAGUAAUGAUUCUUUAAAACAAACAAAAACGACUCUACGAAUUCUUCAAUUGCCAGAGGGCAAUCAGUCAGUACUCCUGAGAACUAGUGAGAAUCAAUUUGCUGUUCCGGUGCAGGUCAAGGGCACUCCAGGUUUCAAAUUGAUAACCAAUUCUGCAAAUCCUCAGAUCAAUGUAUCUUACAUGAAGCCAGGGUCAGAAAGAUCAUGUAACACUACUAGAGUAAGCCUUACUCAAAGCAGCAAGAGGCUAGGUGCACCGGCACCAAAGUCAGGAGCUACUGAAAAAAGGACUACGCUCCUCUCUGCUCUUCAACAAGGUGCUGGCACCACCUCAAAUCACUACCUUAUCAACAGUCCAGGUUUUAAGGGUCCAGUACUCUUCUCAAGCACACCACAUAAUACACCUGACAAAACGGCAAAGACACAGCCAACUUGCUACUUGGUCCAGAGGUCUGUUCCAUUUGUUCAGACCCCCAGUGCUCCUGGCCUCAGAUUGGCAAGUACACAACUCCAAUUGAACUCAAGGCCAGUUCUGGCCAUGCCCAUGAGCUCUGCAGAUAAACCCAGUACUCUGCACACUGGUCGCCAGGCAUUCUUGCUCCGAUACAUUUCUCCACCCAAAUCAAGCUUACUAUUGAACAACCAAGACUCAAAGACUGGGACUCAGUGUAGCCAAGCCAGUGAAAGUACUGGAAACAAAGUCAUAUUUAAACUCGUCACUCCUACUGGUAGCCGUCUUAACAGUGGUGCUCCCACCUCAAGCAGUCAAUCUUUGUUUUUGUCCACCAGACCUCAGACCCAGUGUUUUCUGUUGGCGUCAAACCAAUCAAAUUCCUCUCAUGGGGUAAAGAGACUGUUCCCCCUACAAAAUACUGCCCAGAAAGAUGUCAUGGAAUCUUGCAUUUCACCCUCUUGGAUGAAUGUAAAGGUACAGCCGUAUGAAGCAGACAAACCUAUACUGGCGCCAAGGCCAAUUCGGCCUCCAAGCCAAAGGAAAAGGCGCAGGAAAGCAUUAUUUGACGAGCUUCCAGCAACUGUGCAUAAAGCUAGAAGACUCUCAAAUAAAGCACUGACUGAGAAAGAGACUACAGUGUUAUGGAAGCCUGUAGCCAAAGAAGUUGAAAAGACACUAAGGCUCGCCCCAUUCCGUUCUCUACAGCAGAUCAAAUGCCCUCGUAGACUCCAACCCGUUGUGGUGCUCAAUCAUCCCGAUGCUGACAUUCCCGAAGUGGCCAAUAUCAUGAAGAUAGUUAACAGGCACAAAGGGUCUGUUACAAAGGUCUCUCUGUCUCAGAAAACAAUCCAAGCUCUCGCUGAACUCGGUGCUCUAUGGAAGAAUACUUUGACCAGAGGUGCAUCGUCUCACAAGGAGGACCUAAGACCCCGGUCAGUUGAGAGUUCUGUCAGAGAGAGAUUCCUCCUGAAACUGAAGUUAAGGAAAAAAAGCAAAAAAAAGUACGAGGUAGUAGAUACUCUGUCAGGUUGUCGAGAAGAGCCUGUGGCGUUUGACUGCUGGUUUUGUGGUCGGCUCUUCAACAACCAAGAAGAUUGGAUUGGUCACGGCCAACGGCACCUCAUGGAGGCAACUAGAGACUGGAAUAAACUCUUCUGAAAAGUUUGCCAUCACCUUUUUAAGAUGGGCGAUUUUGUCCCUUUUUCAGGUGGGACAAAUGAUUGAAGUUGUAUAUUUUUUAAAUGACCUUCCACAUUACGUUUGUUCACUUUCUGUUCCUGUAAAUGCAUAUUCUUAAGUAAAUCAUAGUUUCUUUUCA